CAAUGGCUGCGGCUCGGGCGACAUUUCCAGAACUCGGCAGAAAGUUGCAGGUUUUCCCGCCGUGAGCAGACGUUUGUGUGAGUUUUCAGCGAUGCCGAGGAGUCAGCAAGGUAGGAAGAAGCCCUUCAGUGCCAAACAGAAGAAAAAGCAGCUACGGGACAAGAGAGAACGGAAGAAAGACAGAAAUGAAGGGGUGAAAGGUCAGAACCUGACCUACAGUGAUGAUGACGAGGGUCAGGAGUCAGAGGUCACAGGUGUGCCAGGUGAUGAGAAGGUCAACGUGAGGAGGAUAAAUGAACAGCCAGUCUUCAAGAGACCUGGAGAGAAGGGAUAUGACCCAAACAGGUAUCGCCUGCACUUCAUGAAGGAGUCACGGGCUGAGAUCGAGAGAAGGAAGAAAAUAGCCCGCGAAAAGGUCAUCAGUCAAGUGUCAGAGGCAGAUUUAGAAGUUGCAAUAGAAGACAUCUACCAGCCAGGUUCAGUCCUGGACAUGCCCAAGCGUCCCCACUGGACCUACAGAGAGUCCAAGGCCCACCUGGAACGGAAGGAGGAGACCUACUUCCUGUCUUACCUGGAGAAAAUCUACCACACCUACCCUGUGGACACACUCAGCUACUUUGAGCACAACCUAGAGACAUGGAGGCAGCUCUGGAGAGUUCUGGAGAUUUCAGACAUCAUUUUACUCAUCACAGACAUCAGACAUCCAGUUCUGCACUUCUCCCCAGCUCUGUAUGACUAUGUUACCUCAGAGCUGGGCAAGUCUAUAGUCCUGGUGCUGAACAAGAUCGACCUCGCGCCCCCUGCCUUAGUCGUGGCGUGGCGCAGCUACUUCAAGGUCAAGUUCCCGCAGGUGGAGGUCGUUUGUUUCACCUCCUUCCCCAAGGAGCACACCGAGGAAGAGAAGGACCCAGGAACAGUGCUACAGAAGAAGCGUCGGCGUCCAGGCAGCGGCAUGAAGGCAGUCGGACCUCAAGAGCUGCUGGAGGCUUGUGAGAAAGUCUGCAAUGGGAGAGUUGAUUUGCAGAGUUGGGGGGAGAAGAUUGCGGCGGCAGAAGCUGACGGGGAGACAGACGAUGACAAGGACAGGGACACGAGCGUGCCGAACCCGCCGGCAGAGUCUGAACAGGACAGCAGCGCCCCCUACAUGCAGUUCCGGGACGGGGUCCUGACUAUAGGAUGUGUGGGACACCCCAAUGUGGGCAAGUCCUCCCUGAUGAAUGGACUGGUGGGGUCAAAGGUGGUGAGCACUUCCCGCACACCCGGCCACACCAAGCACUUCCAGACCAUCUUCCUCACCCCGACUGUACGGCUGUGUGACUCACCUGGACUCAUCUUCCCCUCACUCACAGACAAGCAGCUACAGGUGCUGUCCGGCACCUACCCGCUGCCCCAGCUGCAGGAGCCGUACACGUCGGUGGGAUACCUGGGGGCCAGGGUGCCCGUGGUCCGCCUGCUGAACCUCCGUCAUCCUGACAACGACCCGACCCAGCCGCAGGGGGCAGCACAGGAGCAGUGGUGUGCCUGGGACAUAUGUGAUGCCUGGGCUGCGAAGCGAGGUUUCUAUACAGCAAAGACAGCGCGAACAGACGUGUACCGAGCAGCCAAUAGCAUCCUGCGUAUGGCCCUGGAGGGGCGAAUAUGUCUGUGUAUGAGACCACCGGGAUACACAAAACACAAAAGAGACUGGGAGUCCCACCCUGAGACCAGUGUCAUCGCAGCGCUACAGGACAGCAGCAGGGGACGAGUCAUGGAGGAGGACUCAGGAUCAGACUUCUCCAGCUCUGAGGAGGAGGAGGGAGGGAAGGAACCAACCACAGGCAGGAGGGGGCAGGAGGAGGAGUCACCAGAGGAGGCGGUUGCCAUGAGCAACCCGUUUGAUCUGCUAGCUGAUGAUGAUUAAUGUUAACAUGAACAUGUGGAGGACUCCAUCUCUGGGGAGGACAUUUAGGAAAGGAACCAACCACGGAUAGGAAGGAGCAAGAUAGAGGAA